AAAGAGCAGAGAAGCAUGCCCAGCAAGCAGAGCAGGGGAGCACUUGCCCCAACACUUCCAAGUGUACGUUCAGAAGUAUUCAAGCCAUGUGUGGAGGAUAAGGACCUUGCUUUCUGCCUGAAUGAAGGAGAAUGUUCCAUCAUUGAGACCGUGGCUGGAGUUCACAGACACUGCAGAUGUAAGGAGGGCUACCAUGGACUACGCUGCGACCAGUUUGUACCAAAGUCUGACGCCAUCUUGUCUGAUCCAACGGACGAACUUGGGAUCGAGUUCAUGGAGAGUGGUGACACCUACCAGAGGCAGGUGCUGUCCAUCUUCAGCAUUGCCUCGGGGAUCUGUCUUCUUGGAGUGGCAUGCAUGGCCCUCUACCGUCGCAACAA